AUGGACGACCCGGUCGCACAUUCCGAUACCCACCCGGAUCAUCGCAACCGGACCGGCGGGUCGCUAUCAGCGCCGGUGCUCGUGCUCGCGCUAAUCGGCGCGCUCGCCGUGUUCACAGAGGUCGUGUCGCUCGUGCGCGUCGGCGUGUCGCCGUCCUACGUGUCGUUCUCGUCCGCCGUCGCCGCCGUUCACGGACGCGAUGCCACGUGGACGGAGCGCGGUACGGUGCCGGGAGAUCCGGAGAACGACGCGGAAGGAGAGGCGUGGCCUGCGGAUGCUCCCAACAUUGAAGCAACAACAGAAGCAGCAGAAGCAGCAGGAGGAGGGGAAGCAGGAGGAGGGGAAGGGAGCUCGGGUGUUGACGCCCUUCCGCCGCUCUCUCUACUGUCCCCGGAUUCACGAGCAGGGCUUAUGUUUGAUGCUCUUCUGAGAGCGCAAUUCCGAGUGCAGCAGGCGUGGGCAGCAGGCGAGCUACUGGGUCCCACAGUGCGGUGGUUCCGCAAGGGCGUGGUGGAGGGCAUGGCAGCAGAGGCGCUGUGGCGGCCUGCUGACGUCAUUGCUGCUGCUGCUGCCGACGCUGCUGUUGGCGCUGCUGACCCCGACGCUGCUGCCAAGGCUGCCUCAGAAGCAGCAGCAGCGGCAGCAGCAGCAGCGAAAGAAGGGAUCAAAGGAUUGGAUCCAUUGAAGCGGGUGUUCUUGAGACUGCUGGCCCUCACGGCAGAGUGGCAGGUGCGGGCCAACCAGGGGCAUGCGGAGACGGGGAAGCAUGCCCCUUUUGGCCUCCAUAUAGUCACACUGGGGGGGUCCAUAACGAGGGGCUUCAGCAGCAGAAGCACGCAAGUGCGUCACCCCUGGCCGGACCUCCUAAUACCCUUCUCAGCGACAGCCUUUCCACAUCUGCGCAACUUUGUCACCAACUCCGCUGUGCGAGCCUGUGGUGCCAUCUGCCCUGCCCUCAGCCUCCCGUCCUUCCUGGGAGAUUCUCCAGGCAUAGUAAUAACCGAGUUCAAUAUAAAUGUGGGCGAGGCAUGGGACUCCACACUUCUUCUCCGUCAGCUGGCAGCGUGGCCCUCCCACCCAGCUCUCCUCAAUCUCAACCUUUUCGGCUGCGCCUCCACCUUCUCCCACCACAGCGGCCCCGCCCGAGGCUCCGCCUCCUGCGAUCCCAUCCCCACGCCCUCCUCGUCUGACUAUGCUGCCGCCGCCGCUGCUGCUGCUGGGGUUCCUACCCUUAGUAUGGCCCGCGCACUCACUCCGUUCUGGCGCCCCGCGUCUGUUCCCCGGUGUGGGAAUAUUGAGGGGAGCUUUGGGAAUGGUUCUGCUGCUGGUGCUGUUGCUGCUGGUGGUGGGAUAAGAGGUGGAGUGCGGUCGGCUUGGGUGCAGCUAGUUGCAGGGGCGUGUGAGAGGGAGUGCACGCUUCCCAAGGACAGAUGUCCCCCUUCAGGAGACAAGCCCUUCUCCCUGCCCUGCACUGCCUGUGUGCACAAGUGCUACGCCAGGGAGGGAUGGGGAGCGGUUGGAAUCGGUGGGGAUGGUGGAGAGGAGGUAGGAGAAGGAGUGGCAGAAGAACAGCUGGCAAGUCUGGAGACGGUGCUGGGUGCCGACCGGGUGCACAUGGUGGAGUUUGGGCACGAGCUGGCAGCGGCGGUGGUGGUACGGCAUCUGGUGUCCUCUCUGCUGGCUCUCACCCCUCAAGACAUCCAGCUGUACCUAGAAGAGGAGCAGCAGAGAGAGCAGCAGAGGGAGCAGAGUCAAACCAAUCAGCAACAGCAAGAGCAGGCGUGGACGCACAUGAAGCCGGAGAGAGGGCAGUGCUUCACCACGAACUGGGGUGACUACCGGAAGAGACACCGCUGCCCCAAGCUUCUUGCCAUCAGCGGGCAGGUCUCGUUGAAAUCCCGCCAGCCCGGGUGGGUGUUGUACCCGUUAUCGCGCGACAAAGAAGCUUUCAUGUCGCACGUCCCGAACGCUACAGUAACAUUUGCUAUAAAUGUGAAUCUGCGAGCCGGAGGGAGGCUGGCGUUUCUGUUCCUGAAGGCUCAGGACCUCGGGCCUGGGCUCGUGCGUGUAGCAUGGGAGGGUGGGGGUGGAAAAGGUGGGGAAGGUGGAGAAGAAGGCGGGGCGAUUGGGCCGAUUCUGUUGAAUGCGGAGGUGUGGAGAUCGCCUACAAGGGUUGUGGGAGGGCACGUGUUGCCGGGGAUAGUGCCGAGAGGGAAGGUGGAAGUUUCAGUAACAGUGGUUCCUGGUGGGGGCAAUGGAGCUCCCGAGGGGUUUGGCGUGAUUGGCGUGUUUGUCUUGUCAGGGCUGCUUCCGGAAUCCAUGCACGGCAAUCGUUCCUCCAGCCCCCCUCCUCUGCGCCGCUUCUCCUGUUGCGAGCUGCAGCAUGCAGCGGGUUAUUUCAACACGUCCCUGCAGCUGGGCAAGGAGAGGGCCUUACUAUCCCCUCUCUCCCGCUCUCUUCUCCCUCUCUCUCCCCUCUCUUCCCCUCUCUUCUCCCUCCCACCUGCAGCUGGGCUAGGCAAGAGCCUUACUCUCUCCCUCUCUUCUCCCUCUCUCUCCCCUCUCUUCUCCCUCCCACCUGCAGCUGGGCUAGGCAUGAGCCUUACUCUCUCCCUCUCUUCUCCCUCUUCUCUCUCUUACUCCCUUUUUUAUUCUCCCUCCCACUUGCAGCUGUGCAAGGGCCUUCCUCCGGCCCUCCUCCCUUAUGGCGCUUCUCCUACCGCGAGCUACAGCAGGCAGCGGGGUAUUUCAACGCGUCCCUGCAGAUGGGCAAGGGCAGGGCAUUACUUUCCCGCUCAUUCUUCUCUCCCUCCCUUCACACCCUACCCCUGUAACCCUCUAUCCCUGCAGCGGGGCAAGUGCCUUCCUCUGGCCCUCCUCCUCUGCGCCGCUUCUCCUAUCGCGAGCCACAGCAGGCAGCGGGCACACGGCCAGCCUUCCUCCGGCCCCCCUCCCUUACGGCGCUUCUCCUAUCGCGAGCUGCAGCAGGCAGCGGGGUACUUUAAUGCGUCCCUGCAGCUGGGCAAGGGCAGCUUCGGGACCGUUUUUCGCGGGCAGGUGGACGAGUGGCUGGGAGAGCUGCCACGUGGCAGCAAGAGAGAGGUGGCAGUGAAGGUGCUUCAUACGGACAGCGUGAAGGCGUUUGAUGACUGCCUGGCGGAGAUCCUAGUGCUGGGCGAUCUGAGCCACCCCAACCUGGUGCGGCUGCUGGGGUACUGCAUGGAGGACAGCCGGGCCAUUCUGGUGUACGAGCUGGUGGAGAGGGGGGACCUGCACCACUGGCUGCACCCCAACGACCUCUCCCCAGACAGCCCGUGCCUGACAUGGGAGCAGCGCGUGCAGGUGGCAGUGGGCAUGGCGGAGGGCCUGGCGUAUCUGCACGGGCAGAACAUCAUUCACCGCGACUUCAAGUCACACAACGUCAUGCUGAACAGGGAGCUGAGAGCAAAGGUGACGGAUUUUGGCAUGGCGACGCGGGGACCGGAGGAGGGGAAGACGCACGUAUCAACUCGCAUCAUGGGCACCCUGGGUUACCUCGAUCCUGACUAUAUCGACACAGGUCACCUCACCCCACUAAGCGAUGUCUUCUCCCUGGGCGUUGUUCUCCUCGAGCUGCUCACCGGCCGAUCCCCCGCCACCACUGCCACACACAACCGGCUCUUCCCCUGGAUUCACAAACAGCUGGCGCGGGGUAAAAAAGGGGGCGGAGGAGGAGGCGACUCAGCAGCAGCAGCAGCAGCAGCAGCAGGAGCAGCAGGAGCAGGUGAUGAAGAGCAGCAGCAGCAGGGGGAGGGGAAGAAGGCGGAUGGGUUUCAUAUAAGUCAGGUGGUGGAUCCAAGGCUGAAGGGGCAAUUCUCAGCAAGUGCAGCGAAGAAAUUGUUGCUGGUGGCGCUGCAAUGUAGUCAAGAGGAGCCGAGCAAACGGCCUGAUAUGAACCGUGUGGCGGAGAGAUUAAGAGAGAUCGCGGCUUCUGGGGUGGGGAAAGGAGGGGCGCAAAGGGUGGAAGGAGGAGGAGCAGGAGUGCAAGGGAUGGCAGGGGGAGGGGCGGUAGUGGCAGGGAUCGGAGUUUAG